AUGUUCGACUAUCUCAGUUGCUGCAUCUACCUGUCAUCGAAUCAUCAUCUUAACGACUAUUCAACUGCUAAGUUGGUAUUCCUUAUUGCAAAAUCCCGUGCCUUUCCUCUCCUGAGAACGAUUUUGAAAUUAAACGACACCGCAGGUGAGAUCUUCAUGGGCAAUCCUCUGAGAAGCGCAGCAGGAUUAGGAGAAGUUGAGAUUUGCGACAUUUUGAUCCAAGCUGGGGCGGAUCUCAAUUGCUUGACUGGAGAUGCCGUGCCAACAACAGCUCUUCACCGAGAUCUUGAAAAUGCCCAGAAUGAAUGUGUGACAUUGUUGCUGGCAGCAGGUGCAGAUCCAAACCUGACCGUUGACAAACGGUCCCCACUUCAAGUUGCAUGUUCUGAUCGAUAUUCGAACCCACUUGAACGAGUGAGACUUUUGUGCAGGUUCGGAGAUGCUGUGAACCCGCCAUUCAAGUCCUCUCGUCUUUCACCCCUGCAGUUGGCAAUUCGAGCAGAGGAUACUGAAUUAGCUCGGUAUCUCUUGAAAGAGGGGGCCGAUCCUGAUUUCUUUGCCAAGCCGAAGAGUGGGACACCCCUUCAACUUACAAGCGCGUUUUCUGGAAAUUCAGGCAUGGCAGAGCUUGUACUUGGAGAAGGUGCAAAUAUUAAUUCACGCUCGGGUUACCAAAAGGGCAACCCACAUGCUGUUGGCACCGAGGAUAGCGAGAUGGAUUCGGAUUCGGAUUCAGAAUCUGAUUUGGAUUUUUAUUACUCUGGAAAUGACGAGGGUGCAAUAUAUCUGGCUGAAAGACUCUCGUUCUCUUUCAUGCCCCCUAUCCUUAUCGCAGCCAUUAGAGAGAACUAG